AUGGGCGGCCGUCGGCCUGAGAGCAGGGACACUGGGAAGUUUGCAAAGCUCAUGAGGAAAAGCCUGGAGAUUGCAAGAUCCCAGGCCAAGAAAUCCCAGAUUGUGGAGAGCAUAAAGGAGGAGAUCUGUCCCUGGGAGAGCCAGGGCAUGGAAAAGUAUCAAGAAAAACCCCAUGCAGGGAGCUCGGCUCUGCUCAAGUCACCCUCAAAGAAAUCUCAGAGCGGGGAGAGCCUGAAGGCUGAGGUCUGUCCUUGGGAGGAGCAGGAGGUCAAAUCCCCUGACAAGGCAGAAAUCUGCCCCUGGGAGACGGCCGCUCCACCAUCAGGCAAAGAGAAAUUAAGAGAAGAAAAAGGUGUCCUGUCCGUGGAGAGAAGCCCUCCUACAGGUCAAGGUGUCCAUAAAGAGAUUGGAGACAGCGCAGCUGCAAAGAAGGAGAAAGGAAGCAGAGGUCAUGAGUCCAUCUGUCCAUGGGAGAGCCCGGACAUGGAGAAACCUGCAGAAAAACUCCACAUCAGGACCCCAGCACUGCCCAAAUCCCCUUCAAAGAAAUCCCAGAGCAAGGAGAGCCUGAAGACUGAAAUCUGUCCUUGGGAGGCAGAGGAGGCCGAGUCCACCGACAAAGCAGAAAUCUGCCCCUGGGAAGUGGCAGCUCCAUCGUCAGCUAAAGAGAAAUCAAGAAAGGACAAAGAUGCUUUGUCCACAGUGAUCAAAAUCCCUGCUACAGGUCAAGGUGUCCCUAAAGAGACUGGAGACAGCGCAGCUGCAAAGAAGGAGAAAGGAAGCGGAGAUCGUGAGUCCGUCUGUCCAUGGGAGAGCACAGACAUGGAGAAACCUGCAGAAAAACCCCAGGCCAGGAUCCCAGCGCUGCCCAAAUCCCCUUCAAAGAAAUCCCAGAGCGAGGAGAACCUGAAGACUGAAAUCUGUCCUUGGGAGGCACAGGAGGCUGAGUCCACCAACAAAGCAGAAAUCUGCCCCUGGGAAGUGGCAGCUCCAUCGUCAGCUAAAGAGAAACCAAGAAAGGACAAAGAUGCUUUGUCCACAGUGAUCAAAAUCCCUGCUACAGGUCAAGGUGUCCCUAAAGAGAUUGGAGACAGCGCAGCUGCAAAGAAGGAGAAAGGAAGCGGAGAUCGUGAGUCCGUCUGUCCAUGGGAGAGCACGGACAUGGACCAGCCUUCAGAAAAACCCCGCACCAGGAUCCCAGUGCUGCCCAAAUCAACAUCAAGGAAAUCCCAGAGUAAGGAGAGCCUGAAGGCUGAGAUCUGUCCUUGGGAGGUGCAGGAGGUUGAAGCCACUGAUAAAGCAGAAAUCUGCCCCUGGGAGUCAGUUGUUCUACCAUCAGCUCCCUCAGAUGAACCAGAGGGAAAGCAGGGUCCUGGGGGGGCUGCGAAGGGGGACAAGCGCUUCACACGCCAGGCAGCGCUGGGCAGCCCGGCCAGAUCCGUGGAGCAGGGCAGCAGCGAGCGAGAGGCUGUGUGUCCCUGGGAGAGCCUGGGCACGGAGCAGCCCCAGCAAAAACCUCGUGGUGGGAGCCCUGCAGGGCCCAAAUCAGCAUCAAAGAAAUCCCAGAGUGGGGAGAGCCUGAAGGCUGAGGUCUGUCCUUGGGAGGCGCAGGAGGCUGAGGCAACCGACAAAGCAGAAAUCUGCCCCUGGGAGACGGCUGUUCUACCAUCAAGUAAAGAGAAAUCAAGACAGGACAAAGAUGUUCUGUCCACAGUGAUCAAAAGCCCUCCUACAAGUCAAGGUGUCCACAAAGAGACUGGAGACAGCGCAGCUGCAAAGAAGGAGAAAGGAAGCGGAGAUCGUGAGUCUGUCUGUCCAUGGGAGAGCACAGACACGGAGCAGCCCCCAGAAAAACCCCGCACCAGGAUCCCAGUGCUGCCCAAAUCAACAUCAAGGAAAUCCCAGAGUAAGGAGAGCCUGAAGGCUGAGAUCUGUCCUUGGGAGGCGCAGGAGGCUGAGGCAACCGAUAAAGCAGAAAUCUGCCCCUGGGAGGUGACUGCAGCUCUGCCGGAGAAAGGAGCAGCCCUGGGCGAUGUAAGCGUCCUCCCACAAAAAGCGGGUCCCUCCAAAGCACUGGAGAAGGGGAGCAGUGAGCGCGAGGCCGUGUGUCCCUGGGAGAGCCUGGGCCUGGAGGAGCCCUCCCCAAAAACUGCAACAGGGAAGGAGCCGUCAGACAGCACAGAGAGCUGGAAAUCUGAUGUUUGCCCCUGGGAAGCAGCAGAGCCCACUGGGUCGGAGAAGACACACUUCAGCCCAGGCAUGCACCCACCAGGAGAUGGUGGAGCAUCCCCCACUGGGACGGGGAAGUCAAAGCUGGUGUCUCCAACAGCCCCGCUGAAAAAACCCAAGGGCAGAUCCACCGGCGAGGCUGGGCACAAACCCCUGUGCCGUGUCGUGCCGGGCAUCCAGCCUCCAACAGGACCCAGGGCACAGCCUCCGGGGGAGAGCAUGGCCCCCACAGCAGGGAGCAGCCCUGGCACUGCCACAGCUGAGGUUUGUCCCUGGGAAGCAGAAGAGGCUCUGCCAGCAUCUGACCAGACCAGCACAGACACCAGGAGACCUCCCGAGGUGUGCCCGUGGGAGGUGGAGAGCAUGGAUCCCACCCGGAGCUCCCAGGACAGAGACAGGGGCGCGAGUGAAACCAAACCUGACGUCUGCCCAUGGGACCAUGAGUAG